AUGAUCGAUAAAUUGGAGGAUGAAAUCUCCAAUCUAAAUCAACAAAUUAAUGCCGAAACAAGUGUUGCACUCUCAGUUCAAAAGAGGGCUGAUUUCCUUCAUGAUCAAUGUAAAUUAUUUGAAUCUUUAAAGGAGGAGGAAAUCAAGCAAUAUCAGAAACAUAUUCAAGAGGUAAAUGAUUUCUUUACAAGUGAAACUUCGGAAGGAAAACAAAUCAAAACAAUUGAGAAACAAAUCAAUGAUCUAAGGGCUAAAAUUCAAGAACAAGAUUCCCACAUUCAAAAAGAAGCAAAGAAACACCAAUUGAUCCAUUCAGAGAUUCAGACAGUUUCCAAUAACAUUAAGAAAGAGGAAAAGAAGAAGCAAGAUCAUUUCAAACAACAGCAACAAAAGGAACAAAAGGAGAAGCAAAUUCGUUCUCAAAUCGAUUACCACCAAACCUCAAUGGCAGAGAAGUUGCAAGAAAGAGAAGAACUCGAAUUAGCCAUCUCACAAAUGCAAGAUGAAUUACAAACACUCACCUCAGAGACCAAUACUCAAAUUCAAAAACGAGAUGCCUUCUGUAAAAAGCUUAAACAAUUGGAAAAUGAAGAUUUCUACUAA